GGUGGGCUCGCGAUCUGUGCCCGCGCGCGGGGCGGGAAGGGGUGUGAGGGUCUCGCGCUCUAGACUCUGCCUCGCUUAGAGCCGCGCGCCCGGCGGUUGGGGCGGAGGGUCUGGCGCGCGGGGUACGUGUCCCGCUGCUGCGGCUGGUGGGGGCUGCCCCCUCCCCGGCUCGGCGCUGUGAGUGGGCGGAAGAUGGCGCUGAGCGGAUGGAACUCCUCAUGACGGUCUCCAAAAUCGCCUCUAUCUGUACCAUGGGCGCCAAUGCCUCAACUUUAGAGAAAGAGAUUGGUCCGGAACAGUUUCCAGUCAAUGAGCACUAUUUUGGUUUAGUUAACUUUGGGAACACGUGCUACUGCAAUUCAGUUCUUCAGGCACUUUAUUUUUGUCGACCAUUUCGAGAAAAAGUCCUUGCAUACAAGAGUCAACCGAGAAAAAAAGAGAACCUCCUUACAUGCUUAGCUGAUCUCUUCCACAGCAUAGCUACACAGAAGAAAAAAGUCGGAGUAAUACCUCCCAAGAAGUUUAUAACAAGAUUACGAAAAGAAAAUGAGCUCUUUGACAACUACAUGCAGCAGGAUGCGCAUGAGUUCUUAAACUAUCUUUUAAACACAAUUGCUGAUAUUUUACAAGAAGAGAGAAAGCAGGACAAACAAAAUGGCCGUCUACCUAAUGGCAGUAUCGACAAUGAAAACAAUAACAGCACACCAGACCCAACCUGGGUUCAUGAGAUCUUUCAGGGAACAUUAACUAAUGAAACCAGAUGUCUUACUUGUGAAACUAUAAGCAGCAAAGAUGAAGAUUUUUUAGACCUUUCUGUUGAUGUAGAGCAAAAUACAUCAAUUACUCACUGCUUAAGAGGUUUCAGCAAUACAGAAACUUUAUGCAGUGAAUAUAAAUAUUACUGUGAAGAAUGUCGCAGUAAACAGGAAGCACAUAAAAGGGAGACAACCAGCCCCCUGCAGGUGAGGUAAUGUGUAUUGGACCAACUUACGUUGGUGAAAGAGACAAGUUUUUGAGCAACACAGAGCUCUUCAUCAGGUCUGGGAAAGAUGUUCAGAAUGCUUUUUAUUAAUUUCUCUUGCAUAGGUGUGGGUUGUUGUUUUUUUUGUGUGUGUGUGUUUUUUCUCCUACUGAAUUUUUUUUUCAAAAUAAAAUUCCAUUAUGUGAAACAUAACUCAUCUGUAUUAGGUCACAUAUGCUAGCGAGUGCUUAUUGCUUAUGAAAGCAACCAAUUGUGUUACUGCACAGUGAGACACAACUCACAGGAUCACUCUCAAGCAAAAUCAAUAGAUGCAUUGACAGUGUUAUAUUCAUACAUGUACAUCAAACACCAUGUAAUUCUUAAUAGGCCACAAAACAGCAGAUCCAGGUAGAGCACAGAACAAAAAAAUGCAUUACUGUGGCUCACUAUUACAGUGAUUUUUUCAAAGCUUCCCUAAGCUGUAUAGUGCAAUGAACAGGGCAUUGGCAGUCAGGCCUAGUGAUCAGACCUAGACUGACCUAUUGGCUGAAGCCACGGGUCAAAACCAAAGAUAAUGUCAGGUGCCAAACCAAAGGUCAGAGUCAGAGACAUUGUCAGGUGGCGAGCCAGAGGUCAGAGCUGGAGACAGAGUCAGAGGUAAGUUUGAGGAGCAGGGACUUGGUGUGUAGGUCAGGACAGCAGGAACAAGAAGUAAACAGGAGUCUGGGAUAGGAGGACAGAAACCAGGAGCAAGCAGGAAUGCAGGACUCAGGAAUUAGAUAGGGAAGAGAGAUCCAUAGUAGCAGCUAGUUGCUCGGACAACUUCCUGUUUUUUACUUCCUGGUUUAUACAGAACAUUUAAACCAGACGGGGCUGGGUGUUUCCCCUUGAAAGCUCGGGGGCAGGGCCCUCUGCAAGCUAACCCUUUUCUGGACCCUCUCCUGAUUAACCAGGUGAGCUUCUGGAUGUUGGUCAUCACUUUGGCACUACCUAGGGACAUGUUGGCCUGGGUUUGAAGCCCGUGAUCCCUCACAUCAAGUUCCACGUUCAGUUAUUUUAAUAGCCUUUCUGUCUGGCUGUUCAAACUCAGGAGACAGCUGCCCACCUCUUCCCUCCACCCUAGUGGAAACUUUUCUCCCUUUGCC